AUGUCUGAACGGAGUAAACGAAGUCAGUCGCCAGAGAUCAUCGAUCAUGAACUGUUCAUGGACAAGUCGUUGUCAAACCAACUGUCACCAGCAUCAUCCACGAGCUCCUUUCAUGAGUACAGUCAUCUUUGGAAUGAUAACACAAUGGAUGACCUGGAUCUAUCCGAUAUGUCUUCACCAGAAAAUUCUUCGGAUAUAAGGAGUGCGUUUGCUAAAAUUAUCUCAGAAAUUCAGCAAGAUCGGAUUAUCAGUCGCAGCCCUGUUUUGGCACGGAAGCUGGGCAACAAAACUAGAAAGCAACCGCCGACUUCAUUGGGAAGUACAAAAUCAAAACCCGAACAUCAGAAUUUGACACUAAGUCCCCUAGCUCCAUCCGCGAUUGAAAAUGGCAAGGAAGGUGAAUCAUCAGCGAAACCGAGGAAAGUCAGCCCAGCUCGCCCAUUGGGCUCAAGUUUUUACGUCACGAAUGACCUUCGUGUUAGAACUGGAACACAUUCAGAAACGUAUGCAAAUGGAGCAUCUGAAAGCUGGUGUAUGCCAGGAAGCCCAAUAGAGAAGGAGCCAGGAGUGAUGGUGGAGUUUACGGGGGACGGAGGAUUGGACACUACCUCUGAUGAUUCAGAACAGCUGGGCGGUGAAGUCACUUCUCCCAUGUCCAAGGCCGCCAACAGACACUCGAAGCAAGAGAGGGAGGGCAUAUUGGCGGAUGAUGGCAGCCAAUCGGACGAGGACGUUGAAAGUAGCAGACAGUCUCUCACUACUCGAGAAAAACUCUUCGGCUUUGGAGGGAGAAAGAAAUUAUCAACCCCUUCUAUGGAGCGGCGACGAAUGCAACCGGGUUUGGGUGUACGGAGAGUCGAAACCAUGAUUGGUAGCAUCGGAGGUCUGAAGCGAAAUGGGACAAUCAAGAGAAAAAAAAGUGAACCAGAUAUGGGGUCAGUGGUGGCUAGCAGUGAAAACAGCGGCGGGGCGGCUGAGAAAAGUUCCUUGGCGGGCCCUAAAUUAAUUGUGUCUGAACCUGCACCCAUGGACCUACUCUCAAGUGAGGACAAACUGCUGAUCAAGAGAAAAAAUAUUGUGAUGGAACUAUACACGAGUGAAGAGAGCUACACUGAGCACCUGAACAGGCUAAACGUGAUCAGGGACGAAAUUGAUGGGAUGAAGCGGAAGGAAGAGUGUCACAGUGUGUUGCGAAGAGUGGUGGACAAGGCACUUCAGGUGCACUAUGCUCACACGACUGUGACUAGACUGAAGAACAGUUUGGACAGGAGAGUGCUAGAGUAUGACAAACAACAGCAGAUAUCCCCACCCAUUGAGGCAUCGUUCGGACAUUCGGCCAUGAAGGAGGCGUACACACGGUUUAUCCUUGAACACUCCAAAUCCCAACUGGUGCUGAAGAAUGCGCGAAAUCAGAAUCAGUCGUUCGACCAGAUGCUGAUCCGUUUUGAGGACAGAUAUCCUGACAAACUGAACAUAGAAGCCCUGCUGAUGAAACCAGUGCAGAAAUUGCCACAGCUUAUUCUCAUUUUACAGCGACUGCUGUCAUCUUGUGACACUAAGCACCCAGACAGACAAGGGUUGCAGAGGGCGGUGAUGGCAGUGGAACAACUGGCCCAUGACUUGAAUGACAUGAAAGGCCAGCAGGACCUGACCAGACAUGUGGAACAGCUGAGAGAUUUAUUCGCCAAGAGCCACAAGACCGGAACUGUGGAUCUACUUAUUCCCAAAGAACAGAUUGGACUGUGUGCGAGGAGAGAUGAGGUGAAAAUCAUGAUGCUGACACCCUUCUAUGGUGUCUCUUACAUUGACGGAAUAGUGCUUCUCUUCCCCGGCAGAAUCCUGCUCUUCGCCAAGUCCAAGGGUGAGUUGCGAGGCGAGCGUUUGAUGUGUCUUUUGAGUGGAGACAUAGGGCGGGUGCAGUGUAUUGGCCACGAGAUCUUCUUCAAGAUGCAGAUGUGUGACAGUGUCGAUCAGGACUUGGUGGAUGAUUGGAACGGAGUGAACGACGACGAGGGCAGGUUGAAUAUCUUGAAGGCUGAAGUGGACAAACUUAACAGAGAGUACAAAGAUCUGAACAGUGGUCACGUGUCGUUGGCUCUAAAGGAAAACGAGGCAGUGAAGAAAGAUGUGUUGCAGAGCAUUAAGGUGGCCGGAUGUAUCGACGUCUUCUUUUCAGCCGAGCCAGACCGAAUUAUCGAGACAGAUCCUAUUCCGUCUCCCAACAAUGAGCAGAAAUCUGCUUCUGAAAUGCAUCUUUCCCAGUGGAAGUUAACCUUCUCUUCCAAAGAGGAAUCUGCGUCAUUCAACAUCACACUCAAAAUGCUGCAAAUGGCGACCCAAUGUUGGUUUGCGAAUAACUUAGCUGACACGUUGUCCAGUCCAGUUUCCGAUGACUCAACUGAUUCCAGGGGACGUAUGAGUCUAGAACAGACAAUGGGAAUUAAUGGAAGCUUGCCACGAAAGAACUCGCCAUCGAAUCCGAUCACUCCACCAAUGGGUAGAAUGCGCAGUCCGUUACCGAACAGGAAGCCUGCUGGUUCGACAGUUGUGAAGAAAGAUUCGAUCACUUCAACCGGAAGCGGCAUCAUCGACUGCAUGUUGGGAUCCCUGGUGGGAUGUUGGAUCAAGACGAACAGUGACAAAAGUAGCGUAGAAAAGUAUCUCUCGCAGCCGAUGUUGCACUCGAUUACUAAAGUGAACUCUGAUGCUAAGCGAGAACUCCUUUCACAGAGCACGCAGGACUUCUUUGAAGGCGACGAAGUAGAGUUGGUAUGUGCACUUCCGCUCUCAAAUGCUCCGAAUAUCUGCCCGUUGGCACUGGAACCGAAACAGACAUUCAACUUUGACGAAAAGACACACCCGGAGGUGUUGUUGUGCUACGGGGCCGUCUGGCUAAUCCACUCGUCCUCCACUGCAUAUCGCAUCUCAGUUUACUCCCUCUGUGAGUCAGGGGCCAUCCACUCCCUCACCAAUGGCAGGAAAAUGACAGGAGGAAAGCAGCAGGCCUUCUGUGCAGUCGCUGUACCAGGUCUGGAUGUGGAUGACAGUUUUGUCCAGUGGAUGAGCAACCAGCAGAACACUGAUGUGAACUCACGUGGUGGGGGAAUUAACAAAGACACUGAGGAGCCAGCUCAGAGACCCAAAGUGCUCAGCCAGCAGAGUGUCUGGAUCGGUACUGACAGCGGAGUGGUUGUGUACCGGGUGUCGAGUAAGACUGGAAUUGGAAGCAGAGUGUUCACACUUCCCACUGACGUGGAGGUGAAGAGCAUCGCAUAUGCCAAUGGUAACGUGGUAGCCGGACUGGAGAACGGACUCAUCAAUGUAUACACAAGGAGCUACGCAGAAAGCAGUUACGGCGUGUGGAACAGAACGGCAGUCGUCAUAGACAUGAACGAGAGUCUUUCGCGGCAACAGAUCCGAGGUGCCAAUGACGACGACGGCUCGGACUCGGAGGACUCAAGUCAAGGCUCUAAGGGGGGUUCGGACGAUGAUCACGAGGAAGAGGACUUGGGAAGAAUACCCCAGGGUCCAGUGACAUGCAUCAUUCUUCCCUUCAAUGACUGUCUCAAGUCAGUGGCGGAUGCGGCCCAAGUGGUGGACGUGGCAUGGUGUUCGAUUGCUCACCAGAUAUUCAUCAUCAGUAUCAUCAGUCGAAAAAUUCUGUACAAGAUAGAGUUGCCGCUUUUGCAGACAGUUGAGUUUAUGGCUUCAAUCGGAGUGAGUGUGUUCGUGUGUUGCAAGCAGAACAGGACAGUCCAGAUGUUCCACGCAGAGACAUACGAACAGCUGUCAAUCAUAUCUCUGGACAAGUCAAUCAUGGCCUUCGCCAAACACAUUGGUCUGCCCGAUGAUGGCGCACCCGCCUCUCCGUAUUCAUCCAAGGAUCCUAGAGCGAGAGUGAAGAUGCAGGAACAGCAAGUCAAAGGUCGUAGAUCAUUUCGGCGGGACAGCAACUACCUGAGUGGUAUGCACCCCUCUGCCAUGGCAAUCCACUCUGGCAGUCUGUGGGUGGGCACAUCAGGGGGACACCUCGUCAGAUUCGAGACCUCUAAAAUAGGUCUUAUUCCGGCUAUCAGAGAGCCGAAGGUCUGUGCGUACUACUUCGGAGAGAAGCCAGUCAAGAGCAUCAUAUUCACUGGCAAGAAGUACCAAGCGGCUCACCAGAAAGUGAUCAUGAGUGGCUUGGGUGGAGGCAAGAACAGCCAGGGAGCAAAUUUCGAGAGAAAGAGCGGGUUGAAUAAUCGAAAACUGAGUACGGACCUCAAAGAUACACGUUCUAUGUCUUCAAGUACUAUGUGGCUAAACGAGCCGAAAGAUGACGUAUCUGGGCUAGAUGCCAGUUUGGCCCCUUCAUUGGGAGACGUCCGGAGAGACCGAGCACCUGCGUUGAACGUUGACCAGGAUGAAUUUGGAAGAUCGACGAGUGCUUCUCUACGUAUAGACGAAGGAUACCAGAUGGAAGCGGCCUUCCCAAUGCUCACAGCCAAACAGGACAAGUCGGUCUCCUCAAACGUCGUCCUCCCGACCUACGUCAUGGCUCUGGGCGAGAAUCUCUGUCUGGCAUCGGGAGGGUCAGGGGGUCCACAUCACAGCACUCCUCUGGAUUCGGGAGUCAGCAUGCUCACCUUCCAGAUACUGUAGAUCUCCAAAAACUGAACCGGAUUCAAUAUCUUCAAAGCAUCUAAAUUAUCAAACUCAUUCUGUCGCUUCUAUAUUUUGCUUUCUGCUGAAAUGAAAAGGACUUAAAUUGUGACUGGAUACUUCCUGGUCAAAAUUCUAUAUUUUAAAAUCAUAUGUUUAAUUUGGAUCGUUAUAAUCGUAGCUUAACAAACUUUUUAUUUGAUCAAUGAUGGACAGUUACGGUUCUUGCAGUUAUUUUAUUAGCUUUUUAAUUUAUUAUCAUCAAAGUUCA